UGAAAAAUGCCGUGUCCCCGUACGUGUGUCGCCGUGUCCGUGUCGCCGUAUCGGUGCAACGUAGCCUAGCACCUCUUCACUUCGGGUCUUGUGCUCUGCAGUUCGUUCGUCUUGCGUGGUUCUUGGGUGCUAGGGAAGUCCAGCAUCGCUGGCCUCUCCGCGCUCUCCGCCGCCAUGGCAUGCCACCCCUUCGUUCUGACAUUCGCCUUGUUUCUUUCUCUGUCCACCAGGUGCCUGCCCAAGAUUUUAGGUGCCCAAGGUGAUUUGAUCUGAAUUUGGGCCAAUCGCAUGCAAGUUUGAUUCCGCCCUGGUGUGGUGGUGAAGAGAUGGGUAAGAAGAAGCGGCAACAACAGAAGCGCACCAACGAGAAUGUGACCGGCGGGCAGCAGCCAAAGGAGGCGGCUGUGCCUGCGAAGAGGGCCACCAACAAGAAUGUGACCGGGCAGCAGCAGCCAAAUGAUCCUGCACCCCAGGGGCACACAGCGAAGAACAAGAACAACAAUGAGGAAGAGGUGCCAGGCACCAGCACCCAGAGGAAGCCCACAGAUCCAAAUCUAGAGGUGACAGAGGCGCCCAAGGAAGAGGUGUGCCCACUCACAUUAUCAACCACAAACCCAUUCUCCGAAUUCUCCUUUGGCGCAACAACCAAGGCAGCGCCCAAGAACGAGACGCCCCCACCCAUAUUCGGCAUCCCUUACUUUGUUCCCCAAACCACAACCCCAGAGCCACUCGAAUUCUCCUUUGGAGCAACAGCCACUGUUGAAAAGAAGAACAGCAACCAGGGGAAGGAGGACACGGUGGAGAAGUCUCCAACCGCCGGCCACCCCACUCGCUCCUCCAUGGGUCGUGCUCCCGGCGCGCAGGAGAAGCCGCCCGCCUCCUCGAUCCGUGGCUAGCCGCCCGCGUCGUUUGCGGGGCUUGGCUUUGUGUUCCAUCGCCUGGGUCGACAUGAAGAUGGGUCAUCGUCAAUCCCCUUUCGUCUCAGGAUUUGUCCGUCAUGUAGUCAUUGUCGUUACAGCUGCUCCCCUGUAGUCAGGAAAAGUAAUCUGUUUGCUCUGUCAAGGCAUGCAGUGAUACCGGCAGGCUUGAUUUCAUAUUAUUGAUAAAAGAUCUAAUCUAAAAUAACUCCCCCUUUAUUAUGGCACCCUUCAAAGUUACUUUUGGUUGGGCAACUCAUUCUGAUCA